GCGAGCACCAGCGCUGCCUUCAGGAGGCGGCGGGGCUGUGUGGGCUUGGCAGCUCGCUCAGCCUCGUGACAUCACUCCCGGAGCUUAAAUCCCGGUCGGAGCUUCCCUUCUUUAUUCGGCUGUUGGGGUUGGCCUUGCUCCCGAGGAGCUCGGACCCUCCUGCAGCGCGGCGAGCAUCUUCCCCGGCCAAGGGGAGAGAGGCGGUGCGAGGAGCAGAGCAGAAACGGGGGAGCUCCAGGAUGAAAUUCCUCUCGGCUUAUUACUUGCUGCCUCUCUUUCCUGCACUGGUCUUCAGCGCUAGACAGGGCUAUGAAGAACUGGAAAGACAGCUGAAAGAAGUUUUUAAGGAAAGGAGUAAUAUCCUUCGUCAACUAUCAAAGACUUCUAAAGAGCUUGAAGGAAUUAAAGUAAACCUCCAGUCUUUGAAAAAUGAUGAAGCAUCAGCCAAAAGUGAUGUGCAGAAACUUCUGGAAAUGGGCCAAAAGCAAAGGGAAGAAAUGAAAUCUCUCCAGGAGGCCUUUCAAAAGCAACUUAAUGAGGCAACUGAGAAAGCAGAAAAGCAGCAGGCUACCGUUAACUUUUUGAAGACUGAAAUGGAAAGAAAGAGCAAAAUGAUCCGCGACCUCCAGAAUGAGAACAAAAGCCUCAAAAACAAGCUCCUGUCAGGAAACAAGCUUUGUGGUAUUCAUGCAGAAGAGUCAAAAAAGAUCCAAGCCCAGCUGAAAGAGCUUCGUUACGGGAAAAAGGAUUUGAUUUUUAAGGCACAACAGCUAACAGAUCUGGAGCAAAAACUAGCAGUCGCAAAAGAUGAAUUGGAAAAGGCAGCCCUUGACAAGGAGUCACAGCUGAAAGCUUUGAAGGAGACCGUUCAGCUUUGCCUGUCUUCCGUUCUGCACAAUCAGCCUCCUGCUAAGAACGUAAUCCCUUCAAAACCAGCUGAGAAGCUGACAUCCCCGGUUACAAAGGGCUCCAAAGUUCCAUUUCCAAUGACAAGCACCAAGGUCCAGCGAAAUGUCUCAGCAGAGAAAGAGAAUCUUCACAUGGCCUCGAGAAAGGAAGAAAACCAGAGCAUCCAGGAGUGCGAUUCUCAAGAUGUUGGCAAGACGUGUUUGGGGAAUCGCAAUAAUUCAACAUCUCAUUUGAAGACAGCAGACACAGAGACAAGCUUUCAGAAGUUGCACAGCCCUCCAUGGACAAAAACCGAAGAUAAAGAAUCACCUGAAAGAAAUGAGAAAAAAAUUGAAGAGCCUGUUAGUACAAAAGAAGAAAAACUCUAAGCACUACUAAUCUACAAUAUAAAUGCCCAUCAUUUGCUUCCAUCUUCAUAUUGUUUUUAGUCCAGAGGCAUGAAAUGUACCAGGUUUCUAAAGCAUGCAUUUCCCACUAUUUUAUGAAUGUUUGUAAAUUAGUCUAGAAUAGACCAAUUAGUAUAUUUCAGCAAUAAUCCAAAAUGGAUGUUUGAAGAAAUGCUUUGUUGUACACUGGUUUUUGAACUGUUGUUCAGCCUGAUCAGUAACUGCAUACUAUAAAUUAGUUUCUUUGUAAACAACAGCCAUUCUCAAGUAUUUUCUCAGUCUGUUCUAUUUCAUGUACCUUCAUGGCAGAUUAGGUUUUAAAAGAAGUUAAGAAUUAAGGGGGAGUUAACAUGGGGAAAAAAUAAUAUGUAAACAUGGUUGAAAUACAAUACAACUCAUAAGAGUAACUGUAAAAAUGGAACAGUAGGAGUCCAUGUAUACUUACCUUUCAGUAAUACCGUUUCAGAUCUUCUUACUCAAACAAUAAAAGACGUUUGGUUGAGUUUUUUUCCUAAAUGAUAUCACAACUAGUCCAUUUUUGAGCACUGAAGCAUUGACAAAAAUGCAGAAUUAAAGAGAUGGCAAUAGAGAGUCCUGGCUUUUAGGACCCAGGCAAAAGGUUUUGUAGGUGGAACCGAGUUAAAAUUUUGCAGCUUUGGUACGGUCACAGGAAGUUAGUUGCAGCCCUUAUUUAUGCUGUUCUCAGCAGGAUAAAUAUACUUUAAAUGGUAAAACAACAUUUUGUCUGCUACUAAUGGCCUUUGAUCACUACAGCAGAGGGAAGCAUUUUGGUAGGGGUAAACUCUGUGACUCCUAGGGAUCUUCAAGUUUCUCGUGGCUCACAUACAAGAAAGCAGAAGGAAAGAGAGGAUGGUGAGAAUGUUUUUGCUUCUUUGUGUAUAUAUCAUUACUGGUCUAAUUUAGGAAUUCAUAUGCCUCAUCUUUUUGAGAUGCAAAUCUUUCAUGAACUAGUGCCUUAGGAACAGUUAAUAGCCUGAUGCAAUGCUUUUAUGCUUUCCUCUUGCAUGAAGUGUUUUAAGUAGUGGUAACUUGUAAGUGCUCACCUUUCUUUUACUACACACAGCAGAGCAUUACAACUUUUUCUAGACUGAAAGUAGUUUACUUAUAUCAUUUUGCUUUUCCUCGCUUUUUUGAAGCACUUUAAAAGGCAAACAGACAAAUUCUUAUUUCUUUUAGUGGUGAUCUCUGCUCCAGUUUUAGCUUUUAAGAUUUUACCUGUCCUUCAACAAUCUCAUCCAGUAGCUGUCUAUUCCUUGCGAAUUCCUAGUGUGAAUAAUAUUUCACACUGAUGUUUUGUAUGUGUACUCCUCUAUUCCAGGGCAGCUAUUGCAGAACAGUAGAUUUCUCUGCCUGGGGAAGUUUCAACAGCUUAAAAAGAAAAGAAACUCAUAAGCUGACCAAAUGAUGGCAAAGUACUGCUCAGCAAACUUGCACUACUCUCAAAGAAAAGAUUAUCCAUGUUAAGUGUUAAAAUAAGUAAAAUCCUAGCCACAAAAGUAGUAAGAAAAGAGAUGUGUUUUUUUCACAUGUGAUCCUAAAGCAAAUCAUCAUCAAAUCACACUUAAUCAAAUACAAUAUGAAUUUGUAUCAGGCAGUCAAGGGCCGCAUAGCAGACAUUUGCUGCAUUUCAGCGCAUUUCAGUGCAUUUCACAAAGCUGGCCACAAAGACAAUCUGCUGUAUUUCAGAAUUUUCAGUGAGCAAAAGACUUGUGAUCCUGUCAUAUCUACAGCUGCCACUGAUUUCUAGUUAUGUCAAAACCGACAUUUCUUUUCACACAGCACACCUUUAUUUAAAUAUCUGAAGUGUGGACUGAAAAGGUCACUGAAACUGUUUCAUAGAAUCAUAGAAUCAUAAAAUGGUUUGGGUUGAGAGCGACCGUAAAGAUCACCCAGUUCCAACCCCCGUGCCGUGGGUAAGGACACCUCCCACUGGAUGAGGCUGCUCAAGGCCCCACACGUUUCAGUCAUCUGUCUAGAAAGGUCAUCGAUCUGCACACCUAUCCCAGAGGAAUGAGGUAAGCUGUCCGACUUGGCAUUCAUUUUACCUUUCUGAAGAGUUUAGCAGUGCUGACAACACACCUACUACUGUUAUAACUGCUUAUUACUGCUGUGUCAAGAGAUGGCAUGGGGUUGGUGUCCAUAACAUGAAAAUAAUUGUAACCUUAUAAGUCAGCAACAGUAUAGCUUGGUGGGUUUUUUUGGACAUAUGU